AUGGUGAUAUUUGCCCGCCAACUCGAGCCCCCUGUUUUCUUGCCCAAGUCAUCCAACACCAAACCAAAUUCAAACUCCAACCAGCUUCCAACCCCAACUCCAACCUCAACCACAACCACAACCCCAACUCCAACCGAAUCCCAACCUCAACCCCAACUCCAACCGAAUCCCAACUUCAACCCCAACCACAACCCCAACUCCAACCAAAUUCCAACCUCAACCUCAACCACAACUCCAACCGAAUCCCAACCUCAACCCCAACUCCAACCGAAUCCAGACUUCAACCCCAACCACAACCCCAACUCCAACCGAAUCCCAACCUCAACCCCAACUCCAACCGAAUCCCAACCUCAACCCCAACUCCAACCGAAUCCCAACCUCAACCCCAACCGAAUCCAACCUCAACCCCAACCUCAACCCCAACCACAACCCCAACUCCAACCGAAUCCCAACCUCAACCCCAACCACAACCCCAACUCCAACCGAAUCCCAACCUCAACCCCAACCACAACCCCAACUCCAACCGAAUCCCAGCCUCAACCCCAACUCCAACUGAUUCCCAACCUCAAUCUCAACCCCGCUCCAACCGAAUCCUAA